ACCUGCGGUACCGCGGGGGAUGCGACACUUUCCUCCUGCCGCGACCUCCUCGCUAACGGCUGGUCUGGCCUCGACUAUAGCCGCACCUGCCACUAUGGCCUCUAUGAACUCGCGUACAACCCCAUCUGCUCAUCCAACAACUGUUGCAUCUACGUAACCGUCGACAACCUCUCGGAUGACGAAGUCCACGAUAGGGCGAACGAUAUCCUCAACGCUUGUGGUGCCCCGAAUGUCGACAAAGUCAAUGGGAGGAACAGUUUUGAUACUUCUACGGCUGUUUGCGUCUCUGAUGGGUCCGGGUGCGGUGAUUGCUUG